CCCUGCCGCCUGUUCGACGCUGUUUGUUCGGAGAGGGCUCCAAGAGUCCGAUUUAUCGCCUUCUGUGCUUCAAUUGAUCCUCCGUUACCCCUAGUCCACCAUGGCGGCCGAUAUGAGCGGCGAGCAGAUGCAGGCCAAAAUCACUGCGGCCAGACGCGAGGCUGAGGGUCUGAAAGACAAAAUCAAGCGCAGGAAGGAUGAGCUGGCAGACACAACUUUGCAGCAAGUGGCAAUGAACAACACUGACGCUCUUCCUCGCAUUGGAAUGCGCCCGCGACGGACAUUGAAGGGCCAUUUGGCCAAAAUCUACGCUAUGCACUGGUCCACAGACCGACGACAUCUCGUGUCCGCCUCGCAAGACGGCAAGCUGAUCAUUUGGGACGCCUACACCACGAAUAAAGUCCACGCCAUUCCUCUACGUUCAUCAUGGGUUAUGACUUGCGCUUACGCUCCAAGCGGGAACUACGUCGCUUGUGGUGGUCUCGACAACAUCUGCUCCAUCUACAACCUGUCCGCUCGAGAAGGCCCGACUCGCGUGGCGCGGGAGCUGUCUGGACACUCUGGCUACCUUUCAUGCUGCCGCUUCAUCAACGACCGCCGCAUUAUCACCUCUUCGGGAGACAUGACUUGUAUGCUAUGGGAUAUCGAGUCGGGGUCGAAAGUCACCGAAUUUGCCGACCACCUCGGCGACGUCAUGUCGAUUAGCAUAAACCCGACCAACCAAAACGUCUUCGUGUCCGGUGCUUGCGACGCCUUUGCCAAGCUCUGGGAUAUCCGUACCGGAAAGGCUGUCCAGACUUUUGCCGGCCACGAGUCUGAUAUCAACGCAAUCCAGUUCUUCCCAGAUGGCAACGCUUUCGGUACUGGAUCAGACGACACCUCCUGUCGACUAUUUGAUAUCCGUGCCGACCGUGAACUCAACACGUAUCAGAGCGACCAAGUUCUUUGCGGAAUUACCUCGGUCGCAUUCUCCGUUUCUGGACGUCUGCUUUUCGCUGGUUAUGACGAUUUCGAGUGCAAGGUCUGGGAUGUUCUCCGUGGUGACAAGGUUGGAUCCUUGAGCGGUCACGAAAACAGAGUGAGCUGUCUUGGUGUUAGCAAUGAUGGUAUUAGCUUGUGCACUGGCUCGUGGGACUCUUUGCUCAAGGUUUGGGCCUGGUAAUUCAGGCCUCCUA